GACCCAAGGGGGGCCUACUCUCCUCUUCUACGCAAAAUUAUAAUAAAAUAUGAUGUAUGAUUGUUACUUUAUGAUGAUGCCAAACUACGAACAGUAAAUCCAACCACAAAUAUAUCUAUUUACAAGUCAACUUUCGUUGUCUUUAGAAGUAAAAUUCCAUUUCUGUCUACGCCUAGUAUCGCUCCUUCGAAAGAUUUUGCAAAAAACCCUCACUAGCGCCAUCACGCAGAAAAUUUUCGAAACGCCAUUUUUGAUGCGGAGUUGGAUGGGAAAGGGGUGAGGCGCUUUGUGUCGGAUAUUCGAAGUGCAGCGUCCAAAAGGGCGGUGCCGCCAUGAACAGCCAGCAGCAGUACUGUCUGAAAUGGAACAACCACCAGACCAACCUGCAGCGCGUGUUCGCCCGCCUGCUGCGCAACGAGAUCUUCACGGACGUCACGCUGGCCUGCGAGGGUCAUGCCCUGCAGGCGCACAAGCUGGUUCUGUCCGCCUGCAGCUCCUACUUCGAGCACCUCUUCACCAUGCACCCGGACAAGGCGCCGCUGGUCAUCCUCAAGGAUAUCAAAUAUGAGGACAUCAAGGCCAUUGUGGAGUUCAUGUACCAGGGCGAGAUCAACAUAUCCCAGGAGCAGCUGCCCUCGCUGAUCCGCACCGCCGAGACGCUGAAGGUGAAGGGCCUGGCUGAGGUGAGCACCGGCUCGGAGGGCCAGGCGCCGCCGGUGCCGCAGGGCCCGCCCGUGCAGCCGCCGCAGCCGGCGCCGCCGCAGCCGCAGCCACCCCAGCCGCACCCGCAGUUCGCGCAGCACCCGGCCGGCGCCGCCGUGCCCCAGUCGAUCCCGCUCUCGAUGGUGGCGCCAACUAUAGCCGACUCGUCCGAACUACAGAAGCAGGUGCGGCAGCGGGCCAUCGUGCCGCAGCCCAUGAUGGCCAUGAUCGGCUCGCCGCUGGCCAUGCCCAAGACCUGGGGCGGCCAGAUGCUGGAGACGCGGCCGGCGCCCGACUUCAACCCCGUCAUCUCGUGCGUGGCCGGCAACGCUGGUCUGGACGACGGCAACAGCAACGGCGGCGCGUCCAGCGGCGGCUCCAGCGGCCGCGGCGAGCACAAGGAGGUGCCCGAAGGCUUCGAGAACAUUCCCAAGCUGGAGGAGUUUAUGCUCACCUCGCCGAUCAAGGACAGCUUCUGGAAACAGGACACGACCAAGUACGUGCUGAUGUCGAUCCGCGACCGCAAGAUCGACCUGAAGACGGGCGCCGAGCUGCUGGGCGUGUCGUACAACACCAUCUACGGGCGCUACCGGGAGGCGCACGGCCUGCUCUCGGACUCGCCGAUGGCGCGCGCCCAGGCGCAGGGCGCGGCCGCCGCCGCCGCGCAGAGCACGCCGCCGACCGGGGCGCCCGCCGCCGGCGAGCAGCAGCUGGUCGGCACGCCGGCCACGCCCGUCAAGGGCCGCGCCGGCGGCGACGCCCGCCUCUCCGAGAAGGCGUCCGAGUUCGGUAACAUUGUGCAGAUGAACGAGUACGUCAACAGCGGCGGCUCGCGGCCCUCGUUCUGGGAGCUGGACGCCACUAAGUCCGUGAUGGAGGCCAUCCGAGACAAGUCGAUCGAGAUGAAGUUCGGCGCAGAGCUGCUGGGCGUGUCGUACGGCACGCUGUACGGCCGCUACCGCGAAAACUACGGCUAUCUCAAGGCCAACUGGAAACAGAGCCGCCGCAUCGGCGCCGGUAGUCUGUGGGAGGAGCCGCAGACCAUGGAGCUGCUGCGGCGCGUCAACGGCGGCGAGGUCUCCAUCAACGAGGCGGCCGAGAAGCUCGGCGUCGACUACUACGUGCUGCAGUACCAGCUGAACCUGAUGGACAUGCACGGCGCCGUCAACAGCUCGUCGGUGGCCAGCACGGGGCUGGAGGACGGGCCGCCGUCCGGCCUGCUCACCAAGCGGCCCAGCCUGGACGCCCCCGCCGCCGAGCCCAGUGACAAGCGCGCGCGGGUCGAGAACGGCAGCGGCGACUCGACGCCGGCCGAGGCGGAGCCGGCGGCGGCCGAGCAGCCGGCGGCGGCGCCGGCCGGCACCGAGCCGCCGCCGCCGGCCGGCCAGGACGCCGCCACGGCGCCGGCCAACGGCAGCUCAGAGGCCGGCGCCGAGUAGGCCGCCCGCCGCCGCGCCACACGGCCCAGGCGCCCCAACAUAUUCCACUUUGGUACACGUUUUUAAGAUAGCUUGGUAUAUUUUUAUGUUGCUUCCAGUCUCGGUAGGAAUGGAGGGCUGCCUCCCCGGGCUUUUGAUCGCCGUUUAUUUGACACGCGUGUUGCUGGUGGACUGGAGAGACUGGAGAGAGGUUGGCCGAAAGUCGGCCCGCGGAUCCGACGCGGAACGAUAACCGAUUGUACAUAGGCAUUCGGACGCUAUCACCUUUUGUACAUAGAACUGCACGCCCGCUUCUACCGCCAUGCACCUGUGACUGGGAUUGUGUGGGCGAGGGUGGGCGGUGUCUGUCGUCGGCACGUACCGCGACUGGCAGACACUGCCAGAGGCGGGUGGACGGGCGGGCGGACGGGCGCGGCGCCGGCGACCUGCCAGCCGCCGCCGUCAGACCCCUAGUGCCUUACUGUCGUGUCUUGGGCCACGGAGGCCGCCGGCGGGCCGGCCGGCCGGCCGCCUCCCGUCCGCCCGCCCGGGCCGGCCGCCGCCGCCCCUCGACCGGCCGGCGAGGGGGCGGCGGCCCGCCUCUGUCCGCCUCGCCCCCUGUAUUUAUAUUCACAAUUCUACUCUGUCAAACAGUAUUAAUGUCGAUCGGUGCGUUAAGGUUCGUUGGGCUAGCUGUUCUCGCGUACACUGUUAUUCUGGCUGUCCGGCCUCUAGGUAGACGUCUGAUAUUUUGGUUGAGUUCACUCGGCCGCGCGUCGUCCACAAAGCCGAGCAGUUCGUUAUUUACACCCGUAUAUACUCCUGAUUGCUUUCAAACGAACCACCGGCCUUUGUUUUGUACGAUCCAUGUGUGGCGGCGGUCUGUGUUUGGUGUGUGACCGGCCGCUGAGGGCCGAGAACCUGUUGUACAGUGUUGUGUUCGGCGGUAGCCCGGACCGGCGGGCCUUCUCCCGGGUCCGGCGCAGUGAGCGUGUGGGAAACUUUGUGACUGUGGUGAGAGCGUGCGUGAGAUGGACUGGGAGAAGUGAGCGGAGGCCUCGAUCAAAUCGUGCACGGCUCUGCGCGCACCGCCGGCCGCCGGUUGGCUCGGCGAUACCCACGGUCGACCUAAGUUAAGUAUGAAAUACAUGACGGUAUCUAUA